GUUAUGACCUGAUUUUAGAUUGAAUCGCGUUUCGUUAACCUUUAGCCAUUAAAAUGUGUGAAUGUAAAUCAUAUUUGUAAUAAAUGGCUGUAGCUUAAAUGUUAAUUUUGUUGUUUUUAUUUAAAGGCAUUGACCCGGAAGCUACGCGACACUUCCGCGGUGUUGUUGACAGUUCCAGGUUCUUGUGUAAGGAAGGACGCACGUGAGCACAUCAGUCUCUACAUCAUAUAGAACAGCGUUUGUCAGUGGAAAUGUCGAGCCUGUCAGCAGCCAGUGUGGAGGCUUCACCAGCGAUAGAGGGAGCAGAGCAGAAGAAACCUCUCAAACCAUGCUGUGCGUGUCCCGAGACCAAAAAAGCACGAGACGCAUGCAUAAUUGAAAAGGGAGAAGAAAGCUGCACAGACCUCAUCGAAGCGCACAAGGAGUGCAUGAGGGCACUUGGUUUUAAGAUUUAAUACCAUAUAAUAAUCAGAUUGAGUGAAUGAUAUCUCCGUUUCACCGUAGAUUUAAUUUAAAGGAAUAGUUCACCUCAAAAUUGUCAUUUUUGCUUCCACAUGUCUUCUGCAUGACUGACUUUCUUCUGUGGACUUAUUUAUAUCAUAUACCCAAGCUGUUCUCUUCUAUACAAUAAAAGUGAAUGGUGUUCACAGCUGACAGUUAGGGCUGUUCCUUACAAAAAGCUAUUAUAUAGCUUCAGAAGACUUUUUUGGUGCACUUAUGAUUUUUUUUAUUUAUUUAUUUAUUUAUUUUUUGAGCUUGUCAGCCCCUGAUCCUUAUGUUGUUGUAUGAAACAGAGCAGCUCAGAUAUUCUGCUAAAUCUCUCCAUUGGUAAAUAAUGCUAAAACUUCCAUAUUUGAACUUCCUUUAUAUAUGUUUUAAAUAAAUCUAUUCCUUUAAAUAAUAAAAAAAAAAUAUUCUGUAUUUUAUUUUCUGAGGACAUUUGUUUUUAUUUAAAGAUUUAGUAAUAAUGUUUUCCAUUUGUCAUUUCUUUCUUUUUGUAGUGAAUGACAACCUGUGUGAAAUGGGACACGGUGUGCUCAUUUAUUUAUAUUUCUACACUGCAGGGAAGAUUAUGCUGGGCUGAAUUUAUUACUCUAAAGGAAAUAUCUGUCUUUUCUUUCUCUUUCUUUCAUAUGUGAUUUGUGUACAUUUAUGGUCAAUAAAAAUCCUAUGCAAGAUGUUAA